AUGCCUGAAAAUAAAAAUGUUCGGGUGGCUUUGAGUUAUAUUUAUGGAUUGGGCAAAAAAUUUGGUCCAACUUCUCCCUCGCGGCAAAUCCUCGAAGAAUUAAGCAUUAGCCCUUUCACUAAAGUUCGUGACUUAACUUCCGAGCAAAUUAAUCAACUUAGCCAGAGAGUAAAAAAAAUCUCUACUGAAGGGGAGUUAAAAGAAAAAGUUCAAAAAAAUAUUAGUGCCCAAAUCCGACUUGGUACUUAUCAAGGAUUAAGGCGUUCCCGCAAACCUAAUCCUUUGCCAAUUCACGGUCAAAGAACGCGUCACAAUGCCCGCACUGCCAAAGGUCAUAAACGAAUAACGGUCGCCAACAAGAAAAAGGCUCCUACUCCAAAAUAA